CCAGAACAUAGUUUUAGUUCCAAACAGCACAGGAUCUACGUUUCAAGACAGUUCUUCUUCUUGUUCUGUGACAACGAUCCCCUUCAGAGCGGUUCUGCUUUCUACUUCCGAACCUGAUUGAAUGCAAUAAUGCCAGUCAUACGUGAGACCUCGAGAUGAAUGAACUCCGUCUUCUCCGCUAGUAUCUUGUCUCGCGUCCUACAACAGCGGUCCAUCUGUUCUUGUUCCCCAUUCUGACUCUUGUCGUGGACGCGGAUCUUCUGCUUUUCGUUUUUACAAGCGGACAAACUCAAGUUCACCGUUUGUCAGCGUUUCCUACAUGAUGUUUUAAUAGAUAUGUUUUCCGACUAAAACACUGACACUGAUACCGCCUUGCACUUGUUCAGAACAUCUUGUAAGGUUUUUAUCUUGUUGACCUUCAUAAUGUUUUUGUUGUUGACCUUGACAAUUCGUCUAUCCUUAUAGGCGCACUUCUCAUUCUCUUUCUGUCCUUCAUCUGACCAGGAAGCUGCGGACCGAGCCGUUGUAUUUCUUGUGAGAUCGUUUGUUUCCGCUUUCAGGCUCCUGUUCUAGGAUUUUCGUUUCGUAAAAUAAUUUCUAGAUCUAGUUCCACUUUCUUAGAGUUUGUUUGGUAUCAGUUUUCUAAGUACUUGUUUUCAUUUUUUCUACUCUGAAAAAACUAAAAGCAAAGAAUGGGUGAUCGCAGCGAGAGGGAGAGGGACCGAGAAGAGCCCAACUUCUACGUGCGAUACUACGUUGGGCAUAGGGGCAAGUUUGGGCACGAAUUUUUGGAGUUCGAGCUCCGAAGUACAGGAAGGCUACGCUACGCGAACAACAGUAACUACAAGAAUGAUACCAUGAUUCGAAAAGAGGCGUACGUCUCACCUACGGUCAUCCAGACGCUGAAAAAGAUGGUAAAGGAAUCCGAGAUCCUCCAUUGCGAUGACUCAAAAUUUAUGCGCAAUCAAAGAAAGCACCUUGAUCACAUCGGGAUUCCCAUUAAUGCAUUUUGACUACUUCCUUCACUGAUCUUGAAAAUUUAAGUUCUCUACAUUCGAUAUAUUGAUUUUGAUGUGUCCCUGACAACUUCCUUCGACUUGGUUACAUCACCCUUAUUAAGUUCAUCGACCAAGAUCAAAGAAGAAGAACCCUACCCCUACAAUAAAGAUGCACCCCCUUUCAUAUUCCGGCCAGAGCCAGACCGCGUGGGUAGACAGGAGCUGGAGAUUGUCUUUGACCGAGAGCAUAUUUCUUUCACCACGUCGAAGAUCGGAAAGCUAAAGGAGGUCCAGGAGAGCAAGGAUCCGGAAGGCCUGAAAACUUUCUACUACCUGGUACAGGACCUCAAGUGCUUCGUUUUCUCUCUUAUGUCAUUGCACUUUCGAAUCAACCCGGUUGCGAAAGCGUGAUGCGGGGUGAUCCUCGACUUUAUCUGUGUCUGCAGGAAGAGCUGCGCAGCAGUAAUCAGUAGGAAGAUAAAGACGUUGACGAACCUCAACGAUCCUUUGAGUGACAUAGAUAGAUGAGUCUCUAAUUUGCUGUCCAAAAUGUUGCUACUUUUGAUCCAGUCCAUAGUUCAUGUGUAUCUUCAAUAUUAUCAUGUGGACCAUACCCCGCCUCCCCGUUCGUUCCCUAUUUAUCCAUAAUUACUUAUAGAUGAUGCACGACGAGUUUGACUCGAGUGGUCGAGACGCUGGAACACACUGGACGUAGAACACUGUAAUAAAGAUCAUAUUAUUUAACAGCGUUGAAUUAUGGUAGAUGAAGAUGACAACAAAAGAUCUCCACCAACAUCGCAUCAAGAAGUCUUGCACACAAAACGAAGAGCCCAGAAGAUGGCUUACAACUUUGUCAAACCGCCACUCUUAUCGUCGAUACCUCCUGUGUUCAUCUGCGUCUGACCAUGUUGAAGAUAGUGUGAUUACAGGAUAGUCAUCCCAUCGAGUCCAAAGGCCAGCUGAAAGGCUUUGAUGAUGAACAAUGCUGAU